AUGGUUAGUGUUCAGGAUCCGGACGUGGAAAUGGAAGACGACUAUGACGAAGAGGCCGACAGUGAUUUUCAAGAAGAUGACUCUGGUGCCGAAGAUGCCACUUCCUCAUCCGACGAAGAGGACCAAAAGGGUGAAAAUGUCUCUCAUCGCCCUCUAAAGAGACGGAAAGUCGAGAAAGCGCAAGAAGAGAAAAUCGUUGAACUAGAUUCUGGGGACGAGGCCACGAUAAAUGAGCAGAAAAAGACACACCGGAAACAAAAGAAGCCGGGAUUUGAAGAACUAGAUGACAGCGGGAAUGAAUCGGAGAGAUGGCGAGCACGCACCCGUGCUAUGCGUGUCAGAGAAAAGGAUGAACGAAGGCGGAGUAAAUUGGCAUCGAUUAAGGGCAGCACAGUUGACGUGGACAAAAUAUGGGAAGAGAUGAAUCGACCAGGCCCGCUGCCUCCGCCACGUUUAGAAGGCGAUACUAUCGACCAAAAGGGACCGCCAAAAGGGACGCCAGGUUCCACGUUGAUCAGUGGCGAUGUGAGUAAAGAGAAUGUUCCGGCGACCGAUGCCGAAGAAACAAUCACAAUCAAACGAACAUACAAGUUCGCGGGUGAGGUUCACGUCGAGGAGAAAACGGUCCUCAAGUCUUCCGCCGAAGCUCAGCUUUGGCUAUCCCAGCAACAGUCUAAAUCUGAGACUUCCGCACCGGGAGGCAAGGUAGUGCACAGACCUUUACGCAAAAUCUCACGCUUUGAUCCUAACUUCAGCAACCUGGACGCGUUCAAAGCAUCUUGGGCACUUAAAAAUGUACGCGGGGCUAGCUUCAAAGGGCCCAAACUUAAUGUCGUUGAGAAGAGCAAGAUGGACUGGGCUGUUCAUGUUGAUACUGAAGGCCUGAAGGAAGAGCUGGAUACACACGCAAAGGCCAAGGAGGGCUAUCUCAACAGGAUGGACUUCCUGAAAGGUGUGGAAGAGCGAAAAGAAGCUGAGGCUCGAGCGGCAAGGCUGAAUGGACGUUGA